AUGACUGUUAUUGAUGAGAAUUUCCCGGCGGGGAUGCGUGUUCUUGCUGUUGAUGAUGACCCAACUUGCUUGAAGUUAUUGGAAACUUUACUCAAAAAAUGCGGCUAUAAUGUCACUACAGCGAGCCAGGCGAGGGUUGCGUGGGAGAUGAUCAGUGAAGACAAUGACAGAUUCGACUUGGUGAUUAGCGAUGUCUACAUGCCCGACAUGGAUGGCUUUAAGCUUUUGGAACUUGUUGGUCUUAAGUUGGAUAUACCGGUUAUCAUGUUGUCGGCAGAUGGUGAUCCCGAGCUUGUACUUAAAGGGGUUAACAAUGGAGCUUGUGACUAUUUGGUGAAACCUAUUCGGAUUGAAGAGCUGAGUAACAUUUGGCAGCAUGUAGUAAGGAGGAUGAAGUGCAAGCCUAAGAACCAGAAUAAUCAAACCAAAGCUCUUCAGGCAAUUGGAGAAGGUCAUGGGUCUUCAUCGGACCAAAAUGAUGAAAAAUGUAAUAGAAAGAAAAAGGAUGAUGAAGAUGAGGACGAUGGUAAUGAUGAUGAAGAUGAAGAAGACAAUGUGCCACGCAAGAAACGCCGGGUUACCUGGACUAAAGAGCUUCACAUGAAGUUUCUCCAAUCAAUUAGUCAGUUGGGAAUUGAAAGGGCCGUUCCCAAAAGAAUAUUGAACUUAAUGAACGUCGAAGGCAUUACCCGCGAAAAUGUGGCGAGCCAUCUCCAGAAGUAUAGGGGUUACCUGAAAAAAAUUAAUCCUGCAACCGAACAAGCAAGCAUGGAUAAUGAUCCCGGUGUCAUGAAUAUGGGUUCAUUGGAUGGAUUUGGAGAUUUUAGUGGAGCAAGACCAACUAAUGUUGCAUUAUCACCUUGCACGGGGGGCAUGCUUGGUCGAGUAAACAGUCCUGCCAGUGUGAAUAUUCAUAACCUUACUCAUUCCACUCUAGUCCAUCCAAGUCAAGUUCAAAACGUGAGCAACUCCAUCGAUUCAGUUGGGGAAAUGCAUUACGUCCUUCCAACUUCCAAUCGAAAUACGAGUUUAUUUCAUGGAGUUCAGCCGUCUCUGGAACUGGAUCAGUUGCAACACAACAAGGGAAAUGCAAAUUUCAACAAUUCGAGAAUGUCAGUUUCAACACAACAAGGGAAAUGGAGUUCAACUGGAACCGCUCUAAGCAGCUUGAACAACUUGGCGAGUGGUCCCAUGAAUAAUCCGCAGAUGCUGCAUGGAAACGCGAGUAGUGGAGGGUUUAUUAAUCAGUCGGCUUCCUUUGCCUUGGAAUCCAUCAAUAAUGGUGUUUCUCAUUGGCAGAAAAGAGUCGAGGCAUCUGAAAUGCACCCAAAUCCUCUGCUUUCUGCUGAGCCUUUUCACAGUCAGUUGCCUUUAAAUGUUUUCAGUGAUAAUAACUCUUCAGGGGCUUAUUUACAGAACAACCCUAUUGUUCUUUCUUCUGGCUUCGAAGUUUCUAGAGAAAUGCAGUGCCAGGUAGGGUCGACGGGCGAUGUGCAGAAUAUGGCCCAAUGUUGGGCAGAACAAGGGCAGGGUAGUGGGGUCUUGAACCAGAAGAUGGAUAUGCAUACUGGUGGCGGAUCAAGCGUUGGUGCUUCAGCUCUUGUGCAGCAGAAUGUAAAGCUGGCUACAGAAUCCAGAUCAAGUUCUAACGAGGACUUGCUCUUCUCCGAGCAACCAAAGUUACUGCCAGGAUAUACUCCUCAAGGUUAUGAUCCGAUGGAUGAACUGGUGAAUGUUAUGCUCAAGCCGCAACAAGAUGAAGCUGUGCCAGAUGAUGAGCUUGCGUUUGCUAAUCACUCGUUUGGCGCAGGCACGCAGUAGGAGCUUCUCUUCAAGGUUAUCUAUAUUCAAAAUUAUCAUUUUUCUGAUAGAUCCCUUCUAGCA